AAUCUUCGCCAGCCAUCUCCCACAUAUAAAACCAAGCCGGCAAUUAAAAGAAUCAUUGCUUCUCCACCCACCAAAGCUCGCCAAUCGUUCAGGGUUGAAGUGUAGUCAGUGUCACGUGCAAACCCCACAAUGUCUUCCGUUCCCCACGUCUUCGUCGCCGUUCUGUGUGGAGUUAUAGUGCACGUGGUGUUCAGUCAAUUGGACGGGUACGUGCCGGGGCAGGACUACCCCAUCUACAACGAGGUGCCCCAGGGGCUGUCCUUCCGCUGCGACCAGAGGCUGCCGGGGUACUACAGCGACCCCGAGGCCCAGUGCCAGGUUUGGCACUGGUGCCUGCCCAACGGCCAGCAGUACAGCUUCCUCUGCCCCAACGGCACCAUCUUCAACCAGUUCGCCCGGGUGUGCGACUGGUGGUUCAACGUGGACUGCGCCGGGACCCCCAGUCUCUACGGGAUCAACGAAGACUUGUACAAAAUACCGCAGUACAAUCAACCCCAGCAAUGAAAGCUCGAAACAAUGCUGUUCCAUAGUCAAUAAAUUAUCUCCACUUCAUUGUUCGCAGUCGUUAUUACCGUCGUCAUUUUUCUGCUCGCUGAGUAGCUGUGUCGAACAUCCUCCAUUAUAGUUGUAAAUAUACGAGUAAGAUAAGAUAGUUUUGUAUUUUUGUAGCAAAAUUGAAAUAAAAUAAAUAUUUCGAGCGAUUGUUACGAAACGAGUUUCUAGGAUUGGAAAGAAUGUACUUUCUUCUUCUGUUGUU